AAAAAUACCAGGUUUCCCUUAAUGCAGCUGUAAAAACAUUUGCAGUCCUUGAGGAACAUCUGGAUCUUUCAUGAGGAGGAAUAUGAAUUUUCUAUCAUUUUCAUGUGAGUUUAUCUCACAAACUGUUCAAUUGUGUGGGCAUGGACGAGGUAUGUUUUUGUUUGGAAUCAGAAUAAUAAGACAAAUUUAUUCUGAUGUUUACAUGCAACACAAUCUGUUUAGAUACAAAAAUAAGACUUUUCCAUACUUUUCAGAAGGUCAAAAUAUAAAUGCACGUCUAAUCUUUUUAUUCAAGUCUAAAUAAUAGACCUUCCUGUACCGAUGAGGACUUGUCUUCAGAGGAAUGAAACAGAAAAUCCUUUUAACAGCAGACUGAUAAACAGCAUAUCCACCAUGUACUGGAUCUGUCUGGAUAGCUGAUACCUCAGAGGUUAUUUUGAGCACACAGUUGCGCAUUAAACUGCAAAAAAAUGUAAGCUAUGACACCCAAUCUGUUCAUAUCCAUCCAGACUGCAGAGAACAAAGAAAACACAAGAAAACAAAUGCCUUAACCACUAAAACAAGUAAAAUCCACGAGCUGAAGUGAGCACAUUUAAACAUUUUGGCCAAGUUAGCAAGCUGACAAACAGCCAUGUAAAUCUGUGUAGCCUACACAACGUGCUGCCUAUUUGAGAUGAUUUCAAAGGAAUAUAUGUGACACGUAUAAAGUGAGUAACACCGUGUUGAGGUGUGCUCACUGGACCGAGCAGUUCAUGUAAACACAAGCGACACAAAGUGCGGCGGAGGGAUGAGACGUGAAGUGUGGGGGCGCACAGCAGCAGAGACGCCCACACACACUGAAGACGACAUAUAAAACCGCGUCUUGGUAUUUCAGUGUCAGUGGAAAGCCUUUAUAACCAUGAAGCAGCAGGGCGCUUUGACACUUACAAUACACUCCGCAAAGGACGUCGGCACCCUGGACUUUAUCAGAGAAAAACAGGAUUUUUGUUCUUAAGAAAAAAGACAUAUUUUCAUCUGUUUGGGGACUUUGCUGAAAUUGUUGUGGAGCAUCUCUGGAUAACUGUUUUUUGUUUUUUUGUUUUUAUCUUUUGCCGCUGAAUUGGACUAAGAAGGAUAUUUGAACUAUGCAGUGACACGCUUCACCAUGGACCUCUUGACCUUCAGGGUUCAGUGAUGUUAGCUUUGAAUCACUACAACUCUUCAUCCUCCCCGCUCCUCCCUCACUUCUCUAAUGUCAGUGCAGGGAAUGUGGAGCCCAGGGUGUCUGUCGAGGGUCUGUCACAGCCGGGAAACCUCAGCUUGGUGCAGCCCACCACCAGUGGCGUCAUUGUCGUCAUACUGUCCAUGACACUGGGCAUCAUCUCCAACAUUGUGGCCCUCUUCAUCCUCGUCAAUGCAUACUCCCAGCAGCGCCGGCGCACCAAAGCCACAUUCCUUCUGUUUGCUACUUCACUGGUGGUCACGGAUUUCAUUGGCCACGUGAUACCUGGUGCCCUGGUUCUCCGGCUCUACCUGUCCGGAGGUGUUCACCCAAAGGACUUCAACUCCUCCGAUAGCAUGUGUCAGUUCCUGGGUGGCAGCAUGGUGUUUUUUGGACUGUGCCCACUCUUCAUGGGCUGUGCCAUGGCUGCUGAGCGGUGUUUGGGUGUCACUAAGCCGCUGCUGCACUCAUCGCUGGUCACCAAAACCCGCACAAAGAUCUGCCUGUCAGUCAUCUGGCUGGCAGCUCUGUGCGUGGCCAUGCUGCCGUGCUUCCAGCUGGGCUCUUACACUUAUCAGAACCCAGGGACCUGGUGUUUCAUUAACGUGCUCAGUGACACUGAGGAGGUGGAUGUGGCGUUUGUGGCGCUGUUCUCCGGACUAGGUCUGACCUCUCUAGCUGUGGCCCUGGUGUGUAACACCAUUAGCGGCCUGACGUUGGUGCUGGCUCGGCUCAGGAGGCAGCCCGGCUCACAUCACUCAGCCAAGUCCCACGACAUCGAAAUGGUAGUGCAGCUGGUCGGCAUCAUGGUCACCUCAUGUAUCUGCUGGAGCCCUCUGCUGAUCUUUGGCCUGAUGUCCGUGAUUCGCUCCUACGCAGGAUCUAUUGGGGAGGACCUGCCCAACUAUAAAACCCUGAUGGUGAUGGGUGUAAGGCUGGCCACUUGGAACCAGAUUCUCGACCCCUGGGUCUACAUUCUGCUGCGCCGCACCGUCCUCCGCAAGAUCUACCUCAUUGCCAAGUGCCAGGCAGGCCUUGGUGGUAAUGUGUUAGGCCGCUGGGAGCCCACCUCCUUCCCCAGCCUAGAGAAGAAUGAAGUCAACCAAGUUUGAGAUGCAAUAAAAACUAAUACAGUAUUUUGUGGAUGUAAUUUAUCAGCAGGUCAUUUAUACCUGGCAGACAUUUUGAAAGACAGAUCCGCACAGAAGCUUGUGGAAGGAACGAACUUUGUGGUAGAGUCGAUCACAUAAGAUUAGCGGUUGUGACAUUUCUCGGCUGGUCCACUGUAGAAAUGUUUCACUGAUUCAGCCUGAGCUGACAAAUGGAUGCUAGCUAAUGCUAUGAUUUUGCACAAAAUAUCACAAAUUUUCUCCCGCUUACUUAAAAUAAGUGAACAUUCCUUAUUAUUCUAACCUUAUUUUGGAACUCGUGGCCACAUAUGAACACAGUAUUGAUAGUAUUGUUUGGUUUUAUUUCUCAGCCUCAUUCUCAGCAGCUUUGAAGGUAAAAAAAAUAAAUAAAUUGCACAGUGACAAAUGUGGAAGAACUGAGAUGCAUCAUUAUAGUCAUCAGAGGGAGCUCCAGAGUAAAAGUAGAGGUAUUUCAAGUGUCUUUGUAAUGUUACAUAUUUAUUCUGCUGAAUGUUUUUCAUAAAGGAAUGUUAAUAUUCAAAUACUGUGGAGUUUAUGUAUGUUUGAGUUCAAAUGUGCUUUCCUUGUGUUUAUACAUUGCUCUGCGUGAAAUAAUGUUAAUACUUGAAUUAUCCCUCAGUUCAUGGAGGAUAUGUAAAGACCUUUAAAAUGAAUGUAAAUAAAACAAUGCAAUGUGA